AUGGCACCUCCCGAGGCCCCACAAUUGCGCUUUCUCAGUGAGGCGGCUAAUUUGCUCGCCUCGCAGAGCCCAUCUACAGCCGCGCAUAUGUUCUCGGUACAUACGCAUAUCUUGCACGACGAGUUCAAACCGCUUAAUGUCCGCCAGCAGAAACAUCAUUGUGGAGGAUGUGGUAGUAUUAGACAGUCUAAAUGCUCUCAAGUUACUCAGGUCACGCCAAAAGCCAAAUCUCGAGUGAUAUCUAAGCUGGAUACAGCAUCUGCUGGUGGCGCAACGGUCUAUAAGUGUUUGCGCUGCAAUCAACGCACUAUUCAUCCCCGCAAACGAACCACUAAGCCAUUGCCUAAGGCCUCAUCGCGUGUGUCUACAUCUACUGCUUCACCAAUCCCUACUACCACCAGAUCUACUCCGGUAGAGUCUUCAACUCCGCAAGCUCUUUCUUCGACCACCGCCGAAUCAGCUCCCCUCAAGACAGCCGAUAACGCCAAUAGCAAGAAGAGAGCCAAGGCUCGAAAGCAAGGUGGUCUGCAAGCUUUGCUGGCUGCCAAAAAGAACAAUCAACCUUCUCUUGACCUUUUCGACUUUUUGCAGUGA